UGAGGGCCAGCCCGCCGCCGGCGUGCCAGUGCCGCUUCAGCCGUGGCGGAGGAGUGUCGUGUGCCGGGCAGCACGACGCCGCUGGUUCAUCUCGCUACCGCCGAUCGCUUCCCCAUUGACACUCAUUCUGAACUAGUGUUUCGAAAAGAAACAGCAUCCAUACAUUUCCCGUGAUAUAUAAUCGAUGCAAAUCUCAUAAAGACUAAAAAACUGGUUAAAGUCUGAAAUUCAGCGAUUUUAACUGACAAUACCCAGUUAUAAGUAUAGUUCAGAAGACUCAAAACUGCUGGAAAAAUCGUGUUUUCCUGCAGCAAAGCGGCUUACAGGGGAAGACAGCCGUGAGCGCGAGGAGGCGGGCGAGCGCCAGGUGCUGCGUCCAGGUGUGGUCGACGCAAAGAAUCAGCUUCCUGAAGAACACUGCUUCCUCAGCCAAGAAGGGGGCAGCGACACAGGGAGGCAGACAUUACCAGCCAGCCCUGUGCCAGGGAUCAGCCGAGUGUCCAUGGUGCGGCGCCACCGCUGUGAGAAAACUCCGUGUCGGGCAGCAGGCCACCAUCAGUACCGACCAUCGUAGUGAGGCAGCUACAAGGUCUGAAUGAGCCUAUUGAAACCGUGGUAAUUGGUUAUAUGUCAAGAUUUAGGCGAUGGGAAUGUCAAUAACGAUGAUGGUCUUUCGGAGGCCAUGAUGGAGGUCUCGUGUGCUCUUUGCCCUGCUGGACCCACUUCUCUCCCUCUGUCGCCGUCCACCCCUGCCGGUGCCACCACCACCACCACCAUCAUUAUCAGCACAAUCACUACCACUACCACCACUACCACUACAGCCUCUAGCAAACAAGGACAUAGAAGGCUUAGUGAAGUGUCUCCAGAUUCAGGUAAUGGAGAAGACUUAGAUGAGUUUGACACACUGAAGUCUCCUGUUCAGGUUUCGGCCACGGAAAGUGAGUCUGAAAAAGACACUCCUGAAGCAGCAGUGGCCGGCCAUUUGAGAGAAGAGGGAGAGAGUCGUCCUCUAUCUUUGGGCGAAGGAAACUUAGAGCGUAGGCCAUCGCCUUGUCCUCCAUCUGGCGAUGCACCCAGUCAAGGGGAAAAAGAGGACACUCCUUGUAAUGCUGAGAAGAGUGAUAAAGAAGACACAGACAUGACCGCCUGCAUAACAGAGAAGCCUGAAGUCUUUCGGCUUGAUCUCCAACCCGAUCAGUCUGGCGGUGAUAGGUCAGCGUGGCAAGCUGGCAAGCAGCCGGAUAUCCCCAACGGGGGCUCGUGUUCCCGCCCCAUGAGAGGCACUUAUUAUUCCCCUGCCUUUAAUCUCAGGCCGCUCCACUCUUCCUUGCUGGUAUCGUGCAGCCAACCCUUUCAGUGCGGUCCUUUUUCGUCACCCUGCGGCGUCGUCGGGAAGCCUAUGAGAGGCACUGAAGAAACUGGGCUCUUUAGUUUGCCUGAAGGAGGAGACGACAUGUUAGACGGGAGUGUCUUCAGCAAAUCGUACCUUUUAGGAGACAAUGGGAGGACUUGUAUCAAACCCUUUAGCCUAGUCUCCAGGAACGAACCAGAAAGUCUUCGCAAACAAACGUCAAACUGCUGUGAUACUUCCUACUCCUUGGGAGCUCCAAAACCUGUAAAGACGAUUAGGAACCCCGAGUAUCCGAGAUGCCUCCGUGCACGACCUGCUCGGAGGUACACCAACCCAGAAGUAGUGAGAAAACAGCCAACCUCUGGCGGCCUCCUUACCAAUUCCUGCGACCUUAUGACCUCUCGUGGCCAAUGUGCGUGUGUCAACCCAGGCACGAGCCAUGCGUGUGCACCCAGACAGUCAGGCAAGUCCUCUCUGGGCAUGAUGAACCCUAUGUUUGAGUCAGAGUACAGCGGCAAGCAGGAGACCCACACCGCGGUGCCUUCACCACCCAGAAGGUUUUCUCUGGAUCACGGGUCAUCGGCAAAGCGUUCGGGAAACUCGGACAUUUGCAGAUCACGUCCAACUAGUGCGUGUCUUUCUACACUGAGCCAGGAACCUUCUAAACCCACACCAAGUCUUUCAAAAAACCCACACCAGCCUUUAAGAAGAGCCUCAGAAACAUCCUCGGGCACGAGCAGCCUAGGUCAUCUUCCUCUAUCGAGGGCUUCAUCUGAGGAAGGGGAAGGACCAAAAAAGAAAACAUCCUUACCCUCUAACCUCCAGUCUUCGAGUAGUGGCCAGCAGACACAAAGUAAAAAGAUGGCUUCUAAAUGCGACGUUUUUGCUCCAGAAAGUGUUCUCCGGAGUCUAGACACCAUGACAUCGAUGGCGCACGGGGCUGGGUCCUCCAAGACUCACGGGAAGCAGUCGAUGGUGACAUCUCCAGACUGGAUGAGCAUCCUGAGCCCUCCGCAGGAUGCUUACACCCAAAGGCUCUUCACACCCGAAAACCUACACGAAGAGCUGUUUUACCCGGCGCCUUACGGCCUCAAGUCUGAAAUAUACCAAAACAUCAACGCUAGAGAAGCAGACUUUGUCCUUCAAAAGCCAAACAGAAAGCCGAGAACUGAACCAUUGCCUCCCCCGUGCCUGCCAGCCACUGCUACUCAGAGGCCGGACUCUUCCGACACAGAGGACGGAAUUAUUCCACCACUGGCAACUGAGGAUGAAGAAGCCCUGAAGGAAGGAGCGCGUGAAAGUAGGAAAGCAGGCCUGAAGGAGCGUAGAAAGAGUAGUCUAGAAAAAAUAUAUAUUCCUAAUCCUGGAGAGCCCAAAGACCCAAUUCUAAACGUAAAAAUUGAUAACUUCGAUCGAGAAGAGUAUGUGAAAUACAAGAAAACUCUCAGCGAGACGGAUCUAUUGAUAGCAGAGCGUUUGAAGUUCGCAAACAAAGGGAAGCAGAGUUCCCAAGACUCUGACUCAUCUAAUAACGCAGAAAAUCAUGCCAUUCCUUCCAAGCAGGAUCAAGUUAAACAGGAGGGCUCGUGUGAAAAGAAAAAUGACGAAGACAACACAAAGGACACUUCCUGUAUCAAUAAUACUACCGAGAACCAUCAAGAAGAGAAGGAAACAAUUAAAAAUAGUAAGCCAGGAGCGGACACAUUCAAAAAUUUUCAAGCGGAUAUCUUUCCCCUGAAAGAGGCAGCAAAAGGAAAACUGAUGAAAGAUAAACAAACACUUCCCCGGCAACGGUCCCUUGAAGAGAAUGAAACGGAGAGCAAGGCCAACACUCGCAGGAGAGGCCGCAAGCAGUCACUACCGACGGAGGAACUGUUCGGCAUCAAGAGGACCCAGCUCAAAAAGUUCAGCCUCACCCAAAUGAUGAGUCAACCGGUGCAGCUCGGCGCCUCGGUGGGGGUUGGGGCGUUCUCACCCGUCAGAGAGGCUGAUGAGACGCAGACAGCUCUGGCCAUGGUAGUGAAGAAGAACACUGACUUGUUGUUUCCCUUCGGGGAUGAACAAAGACAAAGUUUGAGUGAGGUGAGCUCACGAAGGAGUUCAGAAACACGACUACCCAGAAGAAAAGUUUCUCAAGAAGAUGAAGACAUAUUUUUGGGCCCUACUGCAUUAUCCCUUCCCACUGAUGCAAGUCUCUCUCAGUAUAAAGGAAAGAAAAACAAACACCUCCAGAAAAGAAAGGAAAAGCCGAGCGACUCACCCCACCACCAUCGCCACCACCACCACUACCACCCAGCCAGCACGGAGGGCGCCCACCACCACCGCCACAGAGCAGAACAACUGCGUCGCCAUCCAGGUAAAAGCUCCUCGUCACCUGAUGACAGACGCAACAAACAAAAGGCCGCCGUCCAGAGAUCACCGCGAAAAGUACCAAGAGAACUACGACGGCCGGCGGAGUCCCAUACCAACCUGGGAGCCCCACUCAGUCCCCCCGAGCAGGAGGCAGCGGGGGACCUCUUCACAAACCGAAAGAGCAGCCUUCAGGACAGACUGACGGCCGAGGCGAGUCCCGCAGUCCCCUAUGAGCCUUUGUUGGACGCCCACACGCCCACCACGCCCGACGAGCCGCCGGCAGCCUCAGGAGCCACGAGGAAAGAGCGGCAGAGACGGAGGCACCGCAGGGCACGGGCUCGGGACGUGAGCGACGAUGAGUUGGACUCCGAUGAAGCAUCCUCCUUAUCACACUCAUUGUCCAAAUCGUCGUCGUCGUCGUCGUCGUCUACCCUGACAUCAUCCUCGGGAGAGUCUAACAAGGGACUUUCCUCAUCGUCAUCGUCUUCAUCAUCGUCAUCUUCCUCAUCUUGUUCAGACUCCUCAUCGUCGUGCUCCUCAUCAUCGUCCUCGGAGUCGUCAACGUCGUCUUCGUCAGAUUCGUCGGAUAUCGAGGACCUGAUUCCUUGAUGGGUCGGGGGGCGGGGCAAGCACGCCACCUCUGCUGCAGCGCUUCACCUUUCUCUGGGGCUUGACAUGGAACUGGAGGCGACACUACGCAGAAGUCACGUCAAACUACGCUACAAUGUAGCCGUUACUUUCGACAACAUGACAGGACGAUAUUCUUGUUUCUUUCUUUUGAAAACAAGUCAUAGCUGAGACAGAAAACUAGAGAAUGCGUAGAUCAAGAAUAUUUCAGAGUAGUGUGGCACCAAACAAAUAAUUACAUAGGAAAUCUUUCACAAAGUCUAGGCAGAUCGUUACAGUGCACUUUUUCCUGUCAACUCAGAUGCAUGAUAUUUAGGCACACGAGUGUUCGACUUCAUUGUGGCUGUCAGAGCUCUAUACACUAUUUGUGGGCUGACACGCCUGUCUACGAUCGAUGACAUCACCGUUGUGAGGGUGGUGCUACGUGCGGUCAUAAUAUUUAUGAAUAUACCUCAUGUUCACUCACUAUAAAACCCUGGGUACGUUUUAUAGUGACAAUGGUAACCUGAUAACACUAGGUUAUAUAACUACCUGACUUACAUUUUUAUCAUAUACUUGUUACACAAAUAUUCAGUAUCAUAUAGUGUAAAUUUUUCCCUUAUAAAUAUAUAAUAUCACUAAGAAUACAGUUUUAGAGUUUGAUGCUUACGUGAGAAAUGUCUUUCUUGAUAUGGGUAGUGAUAAAGCAAGGGAGGGCGGGAGGAAAUGGGUGGAAACUGAGAGGUCUCCAUCCACACACAGCCGGAUUGCAGGCGAGGGUGAGAUAAGGAAGGUGGCGUGCCUGCUGAGCGUGCAGAGCGAGUCAACAGCUCGUUCUUUAUGAAAAUACUCAUGUUAAGCUCCACUACGCCCGACAGAAACAGAGCUGCAGAAAACUCUGCAUGCAGCUCACAGCUUUCAAAGAACAAUUAAUCGAAGUGUCCGUCAAGUUUCCAGUAUUUAUCAUCUUUGUACAUGAAGUAGCUUCGGUGUUCAGGCUGUGAAAAUUAAGAUGUACCCUUCGGAAUGUGAUGGAUUUAACGCCCAGCUCGUGAGCGACAGUGACUUUUCUGUGCGUUAUCGUCUGAUACAGUGUCCUGAUCUGGAAACAUUAUGAUGAGUUUUAAAGCGAUGUAGAUACUGCAACGAUACAGACGGAACAAUUCAUCCAGCUUGGUCUUUUUCAACAGACUUACGACUACCUGGCCGGCCGCCCUGCUGGUCGUGGCCUCGUGUUUACCCUUACAGGCAGUGAUGGAGGGGCGGUGCCGUGGGUCCUCCCUGGGCACACAUGUGGUAUAUGAAAUAAAAAGGUUGCUGCUGA